AUGCAGUUGAACAUCAUUGUUGUGCUGAAUAAGCAUGAACGCACUGGUACAGAACUCCCAUUACAUUCUGACACCAGUCCAACGUUCGGCGACAAAUCACCUAGCUUCCUCGUACAGCAGCCUGGCGAUGACGUUGAUUUGUUUUGUGAAGCCUCUGGUGCUCCUGAACCCGAAGUAACCUGGUUCAAAGACGGAGUGCCCUUGGUGCAAAGUGACAAGGUGACCCUCUACAAAGAUAGAAUUCUCGUCAGAGCUGUGGAGGCAAGCGAUGGCGGUGUCUACGAAUGCCGAUUCAAAAAUGAUUUCGGUCAGAUUUCUCAUUUGAUAAGACUGCUUGUGCAAGAGUUGGGCCUUGUUAUGAAUUCAAAUAAAAUCAAUGUAUCAUUUGUCUGCAUUCUUAAAUAA